UGGGUGUGGUCGCCAAAAAUUGUACAAAUAUUAGUUUCGUUUUGUCCCCAUUUUAUUUUUCACAUAAUUUCAAAGUGAUUUGAUAAAUGACAUUUGUUGUAUUUUAUUCUGAAUGACGAGCUUCUGUUUAGAUUAUUUACACGAAAUGUAACCUACCCAUCCCUAAAAAUAUAUGUAAAAAAAAUAUAAUUUGAAAGGUACUGCUUUCACUUCCAUACAAAAAUUGUUUGUCCAACUACUACUUUUGUAUCAAAAAUUGCCAACAGUACCGAAACAAAAUAGUUUUUUCUAAUUAUUAAAUUGUACUCAUGCUUUAUGAUACUUUCUCAACGUAUUUCUAAACGUGCUUAUAAAAAUAGCGUUUCAGUUAAAAAUUUAAUCGUUUUUAAAAAAGUGUCCAAUUUUAUGAUGAGUGUGUAACGUCAUGAAUGUAACGGUUGUUUCUACCAUUUGCCUAUCUGCGAUUUGGUAUUUAGUGCUAUUUUUAUAAAUGGCAACACUAUUGACCAAGACACCAACAUUCAGAAAUAAAAUUCGGCCAUAUUUGUCGGAACGAAAUCGUGAUUUGUGUUGACUUCAGAUUUGUCGCCAAAAAAUAUUGUUUUUUGUGUGUUCGAUUGCAAGAUGCCUUUGACCAAUGCCGAAAGGCAAAAAAAAUAUCGUGAAAAGUUAAGAACUCAAAAUCCUUUGAAGUACCAAGAUAUAAAAUUAAAAAAUGCAGAGAGAAAUAAAAAAAGAAAGAAAAUCACGGAAUGUACCGAAGAAAAUAAAAUAUUGAAAAGGAAACAGUGGCGAGCCAGUCAAAAUCGUAGCAGAAUAAAAUCAAAAGAUACUGCGAACAUUAAUAGUAUUACUGAGGAUAAUAGUGCAGAAAUUCAUGAAAACACAUUCUUGCUACGAAAAUUACAAAGAAGAUGGGCUAACCAAAGAAUAUCAUAUGAAGAAAAAAUAAAUAAAAUGGCGAAAGAAGUUAAUUCGUUGAAAAAGAAGUGUAAUCGCUACAUGUACAAAAAUAAAAAAUUGGUUACGCUUGUUGACGAGCUAAAAUUGAAAGUAAAUAAAUACCAGAUUAUUGUUCAAAAUGAGAAAGAAAUGACACCAUUAACCAAAUCUAACAGUUUUAUUGAACAAAACCUGCCGAACAUUUCUCUAGAAGAAAAGGAAAAAGUGAAGAGACAGCUUUUAACUCAUCAUGUUUUAGUGAAUGCUAUUCAAGAUACAUAUGAGAAUACCCAGAAUAAUAAAGAACGAAGUACACUUAAAACAAUACUUGGGAACAAAUGCAUAAAAAAAUAUAACAGGAAGAGCGAGAUAACGACAUCUGUAUUUGGACUAAAAGGAAGGGCUCGUCAACAGAAAACAACUAUUAGGAAGAACAACAUUAUUAUUAGUAAAAUUAUUAAAUUCUAUAACAGAGACGAUGUAAGUCGAGCAACUGCUGGAAGAAAAGAAUUCAAGACUAAAGGUAAAAUUAAAAUACAAAGACGAUACUUGCUAAAUACCUUAAAGGAGCUUUAUAAAAAGUACAGAGCGGAAGGAGGUACAGCAAAAUUGACUGCAUUCAAGAAGUACAGACCCUUUUAUGUUUUACAACCGAAACUUUCUAAUCGAGAAACAUGUGGGUGCAUAAAGCACGAAAACUUCUCUAUGAAAAUUGCGAAGUUAAAUUCUUUAGGAAUGAUCGAGACUACGAGUUUAAAUGAAAUUUUGUUGAACAUCGUAUGUGACUUGGAUUCUAAAGCAUGCGCCUAUGAUGAAUGUUCCACAUGUAUUAAUAAAUGUAUGAAAUUUGACGAAGACAAUCCGGGCAUUAAUGACAUUGUUACUUGGAACGAAUUUUCUAUGCAGACACAUGAAUAUAUUAACAAAAGUGAUGGUAAAACUAUGACUACUAAAAAGAUGGUGAAAAGAGAUAUUCAAGACAAAUUGAUGACACUGACAGAAUCCUUUAAUCAGGAACUUAAAGUAAUGAAAAAACACGCUUUUAAUAUAAAACACCAAUACACACAAUAUUUGUUAUGUAUCAAAAACUUAAAGUUCACUGAAGUGGCCAUUCACAUCGACUUCAGCGAAAAUUAUGCUUGUAAAUUUGCAACUGAAGUGCAAUCCAUGCACUUUGGUGCAUCAAAAUCACAGGUGACUAUCCAUACAGGCGUUUUGUACGCCAAAGAAAAAAAGUCUCAGUCUUUCGCGUCAAUAUCGGCCUCUAAUGAACACGGCCCUGAGGCGAUUUGGGCACAUUUAAAUCCCAUAUUAAUUCAUGUAAGAAACAAAUAUCCGCUCGUUAAUGCAGUGCAUUUCUUCUCCGAUGGACCAGCGACACAAUAUAAACAAAAAAAGAACUUUUUUUUGUUUACAAAGUUUACAGUGAACAUGGGAUUCCCCCUUUCAACAUGGAACUUCAGUGAGUCUGCUCAUGGAAAGGGAGCUGCGGACGGAGUUGGAGGGGGACUUAAACGAAGACUAGACGAUAACGUCAAACACGGCAUUGACAUACCAGAUGCAUACACGGCCUAUACAUGUCUUAAAAACUCUGACUCAAUUGUAAUGACUUUUUAUGUCAAUGAGGCUGAUAUUGCUGAAUAUUCAGUCGAAGAAAAUCUGAUUCCUGUUCCUCAUACAAUGAACUUACACCAAAUAAGUAAUAGUGAAACUAAUAAUGAAAUACGGUUCAGAAGUUUAAGUUGUUUUUGUGGAGAUUCACGGGGUUAUUGUGAAUGUUUUGACGUAAGGAAACAUAGACUGGUAAAGAUAAAAAAACCUAAUCAAUAUGAUAUAAAACAAACAAAUGAAUCUCGGUUAAAAAGAAAAACAAGUGAAGAUAUAGACAUAACUAAACUACAGAAAGGAAAAAAGAAAGCAAAAGUAACAGUUCUUUCAGAAAUUAGAUAUCGGCCAGAGAAUAUGGCAUAUGAAAAUUUGAACGACUUUGAACCAUUACGAAUUAAAAAUAUGCAGAAAAUCGACAAAAACUUUAACCUGUGCAAUACAAAAUCCUACAAGGAAAAUAUAAACUAUGACAAUCCUUUGCCAUCAACUUCAGGUAUACGAAAAUACACUAAAUGCACACAAAGCAAUGUAAGAUAUCCCGACGAAAGUAGCUCUGAUGAGGACAACGAGUAUUCAUUACAUGAUUCUUCAGAGGAAGGUUGUUAUGCGGAAUUCUUAUCUGAUGAUGAAGGAGGUACCUAUUUCAAAAUUCUAAUGUCGUUAUUUGUGACCAGUACUUACCUUAUAUAAAAAAAAACUUUGGUUACAGAAAUAGGGCCGACAACUGAAAACCAGAAUCAAAAAAAUGAAAAUACUAUCAAGAAUGAAACUGAAAAACAAAAUAUAGAAAAAAAUGCUGAUGAUAUCCUUAUUAAUCCUUCUACCACAGGUAAAAAGAAAGUCUUAAAAUAAAUAUUGUAGGUACUAUUUAGCAAAAACAAUAUUACUGAUUAUAUAUUUACGUAAUUUUGUUAUUUACAGAUAUUAAUAAAAAUAACUAUGAAAAUGAGACUCUUUACGUGAAUGUAGAAAAAAUAGAUCAUUGUAGUCCUGCAAAUAAUUCUACGGAAGGAAUAAUAUUUAAGUUUGAGAAUAAACAUUGCAAUAGCAAUGAGACUGUCACUGAAAGUUUAAAAAAUAAUGAUAGCUUUAGCUUUGCUAAUACAUCAAAAUCAGAGAUUGGAAAGAAUAUUCAAUAUAGCACAGAGGCAGAAGUAAAUAAUGAAACCAAAGAAGUGCCAAUGAAUAUUGAUGACAGUGUAAUUGUAAGAUAUUACACUAAAAAUAAGUGGACAUAUUACAUAGGGUUUAUUGUCGAAAUUGUUCAUAAAGAGAAUUCAACAUUUUAUAAUAUAAGGUUUUUAAAAACCAUGAAAAAACCAACGCUUAAAUUUAUUGUUACCAGAAAAGUAGAGUAUGAUAUUGUACCUGCAGUGUGUAUAGUAAAAAAAGUUGAAAUCACGUCAAUAAACUCAAAAGAGUAUAUUUUGAAAGAUGAUAAUAAUGCUUGCUGUAUUUAUUUUUAAAUAAUUGGUACCUUAAUAUAGCACCUAAUUAAAUUACAGUUGAUUUUUGUACAGAUUUUGUUUUUUUUCUAUAGCCAAACCUUAAUCAAAAAAAUAUAAUAUCACCACCAAAGGCCUAGAACUAUUUAGUACUAGUAGAACUACUAUAAAAGUUUCUAUUAUGAACUAAGCUUUAUGAUGGUCAUGUAUGUAACAUUCUGUCAUGUACGUAACGUGUGUUACGAUGUCAUGAAUGUUAUUUGUACAAUUUUUGGCGACCAUACC